UCAAGUCUUUCCAUUUUCACGUUUCAGUUUCAUCAUAAUUCCCAAUCCCAAUACUAUUCUUGUUUCGAUCGAUGCCCUGCUUCUUUCCGUUUUUAAUUUCUGCAAUGUCUUCUCUGCGUUGACUGUGAGUUUGGAUUUCUCAUAAUUUUCAACUUUGUCGAAUCGAAAUCGAUUCUUGCUCUUGCCUUCUCGGCCGGUGAUUUGCCCGGAAUGAGUUUCGCGUCACUUUCCUUCACAUAGGAACUCGGCGUGUUUUACACGGUUCAGAGAGAGAGAGAGAGAGAGAGAGAGAGCCAUAUAUGUUUUUGUUAGAUUUUCGGUCUCACGCUUGUUUAUGAGGUGUGGAGUUCCAUCACUAAUGGCCAGAAAUGCAUCAUGGGGAAUUUUAUUCUUCUUGCUAAUCUUGUUCGGUGGUUCUCAUCCUUCACUGGGUUGGGAAUUCAGAAAACUGGGUGGCGCGGAUCCAAAAGUCAAUGGCACCACCGAUAGACUACAUGAUUCUCCGUCGCCAACUCCUGAUCCAAAGCCGAACGGGAAAUCUGGAAAUACCAACAAAACGGAUCUUCCUUCCCCCAGUACUGCACCGAAGGUAAAUCCAGUGAGUCAGAACAAUUCUGUUUCCCCAGUUCCAUCUCCUUUACCUAAUACGGACAAUGGGAAAACAUCCGAUAAUACAACUUCUGCAACUCCACCACCUGUAGCCAAAGGCAAUUAUCACAAGAGUGAUGAAAAGGGAAUGAAAAACGAUGGCCGAACUUUCUCACAGGUCAACACCUCUGAGAAUUGUGAUGGCUCGAGCGCUAAGUGCACAGAUGAGGGACAGAUGGUUGCUUGCAUUUCUAAAAGUGAGUCCAAAUACGUGGUUUUAAUUGUUCAAAAUGGAGGGGAUAGCAUCGUCAAAGUGAAGUUUUUUAUGGAAGGUAAUAUUGGAGGAGACAUUGAAGUAGCAGAGCAUCAAAACAAAAAGAUCAAUGUCUCAGUAACUAGCAGUGAAACAACUAAACUGGCUUUAAAUGCUGGAAAGGGGGAAUGUGUGCUUCACUUGGGUACUCCUGUCCCUGAAGAGGGGAUUUUCUUCCGUCUUCCUUCUUAUGAGAAAGUUUUAACACCAGUAAAUGGCGCGUACUUCCUCAUCGUAGCAGUUUUAAUAUUUGGCGGGACGUGGGCUUGCUGCAAGUUUAGGAAGAAGCGGCAUGAUGGGGUACCAUAUCAAGAGCUUGAAAUGGCAUUGCCUGAGUCCGUUUCAGCUACUAAUGUGGAGAUAGGCGAAGGUUGGGAUCAGGAUUGGGAUGAUAAUUGGGAUGAAGAUGUUGCUGUGAAAUCACCUGGGAGACCUCAUGCAGGAAGCAUCUCAGCAAACGGCCUUACUGCUAGAUCGUCUAACAGAGAUGGAUGGGAGAACGAUUGGGAUGAUUAGUAAUUUACAGUCAAAUGAAGCAAGGUUAUAGAAGUUGACUUAACAGAUGGGGGUGCAGAAAUCAAGUGCGAUCCCAACUCUGGAGGGACGUGACGAAUUUUGUUGUGGUGGGGCAUUACUUGCUAGGCGUCACAAUAAAUAUAGAGAAGAAGGAAAAAGAAAUAUUAUAGUUUUCACACAUUUGAUUUUUUUUCUUUUGGUGGUUUAGUUCGAGUUUAAUUGAACGUUUAGGUAAUGCCUCGACCUGAGGAAAAAGGACUGUGUAGAUGAAC